AUGUAUGAGAACCUGUCCAAGGACCCCAACAGCCUGGCCAACCUGGACCAGGACCUGCCAAACUACGCGCAGCACCAGAUACCCAUACACAGCCUGCCGCAGGAGUGGCUCUGGUGCGAGAGCUGGUGCGGCAACACCACCAAGGCGAAGGCCAAGACUAUUGAUCUCUGCAACAACCCAAAAACCAAGGAGCCCAAGCUGCAGGCCGCGCGCCGCAUCAUCGCAGAGUGGCCUGCGCUGGACGCGGAGCAGGAGGCGUUCACCAAGGCCGCGGAGGACAGGCUUUCGCGGGAACAGGCGGCGGCCGCCGAGGCGGCGGCGGCGACCAAGGCGGCGGCGCCGACAGGAGCGAGCUUUGAGCUUCUCCUGCCGCUGCUGCUGCUGCUGCUGCCGCCGCUGCUGCUGCUGCCGCCGCUGCUGCUGCUGCCGCUGCCACCGCUGCUGUCGCUGCUGCUGUCCGCGUCGGCAGCUUUUCCUGCCUGA